GCUCCCGGGGCACCGCCGCGCCGCCCCAGCCAUGUCCUCCAGCUCCCCGCCGGGCGAGCCCAAGGGCCGCAGCCUGGGCCGGCUCUCGCUGCCCAGGAGAGGCAGCAUGACGCCCGGCAAGAAGCUGGCGGCGCUGGAGCUGGCCGAGAGCGCCCCGAACGCCCACUACGCCCCGCUGGCGGCCGCGCAGGGCGGGCAGGCGCCCGCGGGAUGCGGCCCCACGCCGGAGCGGGAGCGGGCGCCGCGCCUGCGGAGCGAGGUGCUGGUGGUAAGCGCCGACUGCCCGCGGCCCCCCGUCAGCCUGGACCCCCGCGUCUCCAUCUACAGCCUCCGCAAGCCCCUGCUCAGCCGCAGCAGCGUCCAGGGCAGGGUCUACAACUUCUUGGAGCGGCCCACGGGAUGGAAGUGCUUCGUGUACCACUUCACCGUCUUCCUUAUUGUGCUGAUAUGCCUUAUCUUCAGUGUGCUUUCUACAAUUGAGCAGUAUGCAGCUCUUGCUACAGGGACACUAUUUUGGAUGGAAAUUGUAUUAGUGGUGUUCUUUGGAACAGAAUAUGUGGUUCGGCUAUGGUCGGCAGGAUGCCGCAGUAAAUACGUGGGAGUGUGGGGAAGGCUUCGUUUUGCUAGGAAGCCCAUUUCAAUCAUUGAUUUAAUUGUAGUUGUUGCUUCCAUGAUAGUUCUUUGUGUGGGCUCUAAAGGUCAAGUCUUUGCAACCUCUGCUAUCAGGGGCAUCCGUUUCCUGCAGAUCUUACGGAUGCUGCACGUUGACCGUCAGGGCGGUACCUGGAGGCUGCUGGGGUCGGUGGUGUUCAUACACAGACAGGAACUGAUAACUACACUCUACAUUGGAUUUCUGGGCCUGAUUUUUUCCUCUUACUUUGUGUACCUGGCCGAGAAAGAUGCUGUAAAUGAUUCUGGAGAAACGGAGUUUGGCAGCUAUGCAGAUGCCCUGUGGUGGGGAGUAGUGACUGUUACAACUAUUGGCUAUGGAGAUAAAGUGCCACAGACCUGGAUAGGAAAGACAAUUGCAUCUUGUUUUUCAGUGUUUGCAAUCUCAUUUUUUGCGCUGCCUGCGGGAAUUCUUGGUUCAGGCUUUGCCCUAAAGGUACAACAGAAACAAAGACAGAAACAUUUCAACCGUCAGAUUCCAGCUGCUGCCUCUCUUAUACAGACUGCGUGGAGAUGCUACGCUGCAGAAAACCCAGACUCUUCUACAUGGAAAAUUUACAUUCGAAAACCUGCCAGGAAUUACCAUUUGCUCUCACCCAGUCCAAAACCAAAGAAAUCGGUGAUGGUUAAAAAGAAGAAAUUUAAGUUAGACAAGGACAAUGGGCCUUCUUCUCCAGACAGGAUGUUGGCUAUACCACACAUCACUUAUGACCACGUGGCUGAGGACAGGAAAACUGAUUUCAGUUUUGAACCAUUUGAACAUGCUGUAAAAAAGAGCCCAGCAUUUCUAGAUGUGAGCACAGGACCCUUCAUCAGGACCAGCAGCUUUGCCGAUGAGCUUGACCUGGAGGGCGAGACCCUGCUGACCCCAAUAACUCACAUCUCACAGCUGCGGGAGCACCACCGCGCUGCCAUCAAGGUGAUUCGGAGGAUGCAGUAUUUUGUGGCCAAAAAAAAGUUCCAGCAAGCCAGAAAGCCCUACGAUGUCCGAGAUGUUAUUGAGCAGUACUCUCAGGGCCACCUCAACCUGAUGGUUCGAAUCAAGGAGCUGCAGAGGAGGUUGGACCAGUCCAUAGGAAAGCCAUCUCUUUUUAUCUCUGUCUCAGAGAAAAGCAAAGAUCGAGGAAAUAACACGGUUGGUGCCAGGCUGAACAGAGUGGAGGACAAGGUGACACAAAUGGACCAGAAGCUGAACCUCAUCACAGACAUGCUGCAUCAUCUGGUCUCCCGUCAGCAGGGGGAUCAGGGCAACAACAGAUCAUCUCAGAGAGGCAACAGCAGCGUCAGUUCCGAGCUUUUCCUCCCCAACAACACCCUGCCCACCUACGAGCAGCUGACAGUACCGGCAGGGAACGAGGAUGACAUCUCCUGAUGUGGUGCAAGCCUGGGUUGGGUUGUUCCUACUUUUCUCCUCGGAACAGGACUGAGUGUUGAGAACCAGGGGGAAAUUAAGUUCAUCAGCCAACCAAGAAAUCGUGCAACUGCUGUAUCCACACCACUACUCUCAAACAUGCUGAAGUUACCCACAGUAGCCAAAGGAUUGCCAAGCUGUCUUCCACCAGGCAAAACUUCUGGAAGCUCCACGUUGAUUUUGCU